AUGGCCACUGCGUUUGCGGUGCCGCGGCCGUCGCUGCUCGAUUUGAAAGCUCUUCCUGCCCAGGCAUCCUGCCGCAAGAGCAGCUGCCAGUGCUCGCACGAGCUACCAACAGAACAUGCGAGGCGUAUCGGAGUGGCAGCCACAGCGUUGUAUGUCUUACAACGCCGGACGAAGGUUGCUAGGCAGGCGCGAUCCCGUGAGGAGGCCAUCAGCGCGGCCGUCAACAUCGCACGAGAUACCACGCGCCGAGGUCGUGGAAGGAUGAGCAUGCAGGAGCGGAAGAGGCUCCGCGCGAUGGAGGUCCAGCGAAAGAUCCAGGUCCUAAAGGGCAGGAGGCCUGUCUCCAGAAAGACAGGUGCAGAGGCGUCCAGCGAACCAGACGACGAGGCAGGAGAGGAGGAGGGCUCGGGUGGGAGCUCCAGCUCCAGUGCACCGAGCGAAGUCGGGGAGGGCCAGGAGGAGUGGGCCUUCAAGCGGGAGUACAAGACAUCGUCCGUCGAGCAAAGUCUCUUCGAGGUUAGUGAUGAUGCUCGGGCCAUCGCGGAGACGGAGCUUUUCGGUCAAGGCGGCGUUGCGACCUCCCAGCAGCUGCUUGAUGCGGGGCGUGAGUUCAUGUUCGCGAAAGACUUUGAGAAGGCGGCAGACUUGCUCGAGCUGGUCAGCGAACGCAUAAGCAAGGAGCAGCUGAACCGGAAGCUUGACUACAAGAAGGCUCAAGCCAUAGAUGACGAGGCGACGGAGAUGCUCGCGACGGUCUACUCCGACUCUGGAAGACUGACGCUGGCUUUCAACACCUACGACGUGCUGAGGACGCGUGUUGCAGAUCGAGAAGCACGAGAACGAGCAGAGGUUGGCUGGAUUCAGACCGCCGUCAGAAUCGCUGAGAGCCUGCAGAAGGAGCAAAGAUUCGAUCAAUGCCUAGAGCUGCUCCUGACGGUUCGCGAGCUGGCCCAGAGUCGGGUUGCUGGCACCAAGCUCAAGGAGGAGAUCGAAAUGACAAUCGCCAUCUGCCUCCAUAAACAGGGCAAGAAGGAAGAGGCCUUGGAGAUUCUUCGCGAAGUCCGUCGCAACUCCAUGAGUCGGGAGCGGAAGGCGCAGGCGCAGUUCGUCAUGGACGUCAUUAGUGUCGAUGAUAUCCCCCUGGAGCGCAACGAAGAGUUUCACAAGGUUUGGGACGACAAUUUCAAGCUACCGAAGGACACUAUGCAGUCGCUGCCGACUGCGCGGAAGGGGUCUGCCUUGAAUCUCAACCUCUCGGACCAGGAGCGGGAGUUCAGAGACUGGGCGGGCAAGUACUGGGAGGAGAGGCUCAAGAGUCCAGCCUACUACGCGAUGCUGACGCUUUGGGUAACCUGGCCCUUUGCCAUCCCAGUGGUUUCCCUCAUGCGCCGGUCCGGCUUGCUCGAGUACUGA